AUGGAUAUUACGCUCUUAGAUGCUUGUGAAACCAAACCGAACGGAUCAAAAGUGAUGCUAGAUGAAGUGUUUGUUAUGGGCAAGACAGUACUAUACGUACACAUACCCGACAGGAUCAACAUCUCGCAGCACCUCCAGCAUUAUACCCAAAUGCUGCGUCAGAGUGCAACAAUGUAUACAAGAGCAAAGCGCACAUCGAGCGCGACAUUUCCUGCAAAAUAG